AGUUACCCGGAUGUAAACAUUGUAGAAGAGCGCCAUGUUGGACGCGCAGACAUCAGAUUGCCAUCCUGACUGUCUGUGUUGGAUUGUUCUCCCUCAGGUUCAGACACACCUGGACUCGAACCGCACUGACGCACCUGCACAGACUUUAACGUCCCAGUUUCCUCCGGUGACACCAUCCGUGUGGCUCGUGGGUCGUAAUGGAGCCGACCGAUACGGCGGCGACUCAAACUUUUGUAUGUGAGACAGAGCGGAUCAUGGAGGUGGCGGUGGAGUGUGCCGUGUCUGUCCUCCAGCAAAGUCUGGGACAUGAGGGGACGGACAGCGAGGACCGACGGGAAAAACAAAAACCAGGGGCAGUUGAUCCAUGAUACCACAACCAUGAAGAACCAAAUGGGGAAAAAAAAAACCUCAGGAGAACCAUUAUCGCCAGCUGCCGUCACCACCAGCAGCAGCCACUCAAAAUAAAGUGCAGUAGCCUACAUGAAAGAGAGUAACCAUGUUAAAGUGAACACGGAACAGUACAAUACAUUAAGUACAGCCAACAGCACAUCACAUAAUGAAAAGCUCAGCUGACGGCCAUCCUGCAUGUGACGAGCAGAGAGGCUGUCCGUCAGAUCUGCAGAGUGUUCAGAGAGCUGCGCAAGAGUUUAAUGAAGGAGAACAAAGACCUGAAGGACAGAGUGAGACAUCUGGAGACUCAGCGGCUGUCAAACUGUGGAGGAGAGAAGACGCUUUACAAGAUCAAACCAUCAGGUGGAACGGCCCUCUCACUUGACAUCAGCCAACCAGCUGCCAACCCUGCCGCCCUCACCAUGGCCAUCCUCAGCUCGGCCAAAUCCAGACGUCGAGCAAGCAGCAGUCCUCAGGUUCCUCUGGUCAUAAUCAGCCAGCCGCUCCCCGGACCAGUCACAGGCCAGAGCAGCCCUGCGCCCCAGGUACGGCCAGAGAAACCCGAUCAAAGCAGCCAUGCUGCCACUGCUUCAUCAGCUGCCACGCAGGCUGAGGUGGUGAUCACGAUAGAGCCUGACGAAUCGCCAUCCUCCACAGACUUGACAUCACUUCCUGUGUCUCAUGACCAGCCAACCAGUGAGGUCACAGCCAGUGAAGACCCACCCACACCUGAAGAAGUCGCUGUUGUUGUUGAGACUGAGAUGAAGGUGGAGCACGAGGAGCAGACGGUCGGUGGAUCAGUGAGUGAGGAGGAGCAGAAGGAGCAGGAGAGGAAGAGGAGGAGGGAGCUGUACAAAGAGAAGAGGUUCUUCUGUGAGCUCUGUAACAAAGGUUUCCAUCAGAAGCACCAGCUGAGGAAACACGUGUCGUGUCACGUCAAACCAUUCCCCUGCAGCUCAUGUGAUAAAGGUUUCUACAAGGCCAAGACGCUGCACAAACACCAGCUGACGCACCAGCUGAGGGCGGCGCAGGAGAACGACCCCGACAAACUGCUGCGUUGCGAUCAGUGCGACAGGAAGUUCAGACUGCUACGCCAGCUCAGAGUCCACCAGGCCUUUCACCGGCUGCAGAAGGCCCCGUUGAAGUGUGGUGUCUGUGACCGCACCUUCACCUCAGCUGGCGCGCUCAGGUACCAUGAGGUGUCACACGCACAGGUGAAACCCUUCAUGUGUGACGUCUGUGGGAAAGGCUUCACCAGGAAGAAGAGCCUCCGCGAGCACCAGACCGUCCACACUGGUGCACGGCCAUAUCCAUGCCCGACUUGCGGGAAGAGCUUCUCCACCGCCAGCAACCUGCGUGUCCACAAGAGGUCACACUCGGAGGAGCGGCCGUUUAAGUGCAGCGAGUGUGACAAGGCCUUCAAGUGUAAGAUGGGCCUGCUGCAGCACCGAGUUGUCCACUCAGGAGAGAAACCAUUCAUGUGUCAGACCUGUGGACUGAGCUUUGGACUCAAGUACAACUUCCAAAGACACCUGAGGCUCCACAAUGGAGAGAAGCCCUUCAGGUGUGAUCAGUGUGGCGAGGGCUUCACAGGCACGUGGGCUCUGAAGACUCACAUGCUGGUUCACGGUGUGGAGAAGCCGUUCAUGUGCGACCUGUGUGGAAAGACGUUCUUCUACAAUUGUCAGCUUCAGAAGCACCAGCAGCUCGUCCACCACAAUAAGGAGCGACAGACGGGUGGAGGAGCAGUGGGGCGGCGGAGACCAAGCGGAGUCAAACCGUUCAGCUGUAAGGUCUGUCUGAAGAGCUUCAGCAGCACCAGCACGCUGAGAACGCACGAGAAGAGCCAUGCUGAAAACAAGGAGUUCAUCUGCAGCACCUGUGGCAAGUCCUUCCACCUUCGCCACCUGUUCCUUUACCACAUGAGGCAGCACAGCGGCGACCGGCCGUACGUCUGCGGCGUCUGUCACAAAGGCUUCCUGCUGUCAUCGCAGCUGAAGCAGCACCAGCUACUGCACACCGGAGUCAAACCACACAGGUGUGAACAGUGUGGCAAAGAGUUCAGGACGCCGCAGAACUACCACCGCCACCUGCUGGUCCAUACCGGAGAAAAGCCUUACGAGUGUGCCGUGUGCAGCAGGAAGUUCAGGCAGUCUAACCAGCUCAAGUCUCACAUGCAGAUUCACACGGGCGUGAAGCUGUACAGCUGCGAGCGCUGCGGGCGCGGAUUCUCUGACUCCCGGCAGCUCAAGAAACAUUGCUGUGGAGACAGCAGCCAAAGCCCCGAGGCAGCAAGCAAACGCAGGAAGCAGAAGAGCGUCUUUCCCUGGAGUGAAGGCUUAGCCAACCAAUAAGAGCUCAGGAAACAUAAUCCUGUCAAGUGUUCAGUGGUAAACCUAGCAUAAAGACUGCAGACAGCUAAUCUGUAACAAACACCGGAGUACAGAUGUGGACAGACAUGAAAUGAUCGUCUCGUCUCAGAAACACAGAAUCAUCAAACAAUUCUGCCUUCUUUCCAGUAUUUAAAAAGAAACUUUAGAAAUCAGCGAUGAAGCUGAAGAAAGCCCUGCUGAAAAAAACAGCAUAGACCAGCAUCAAAACACAACAUCCUGGUCACCAGCAAGACCAGCAUAUGUUGCUGUUUUUUACAGCACGGAAAUGUCCUGUUUGUGAUUGAAUAUCAUUAUUCUGUCUGUUGUUGGUGGAACAAGUUCUUACUCUGACAUUUCAGGUCAGUUUGUUUUGUGUUCAGACAUCACAUGUUGUAACGUUUCUGCUUUACUUCUUUUAGCUGAGUUAUUAAUUAAAGGGCUGAUUCACGCUGCCGAUGUAUCUAAAAA